CACUUGUAAUAUAAGGGGGACAGAAGUUGAUCCCUGCAGAGACCAGAGGCAAAGAAGAAGGAGAGGAGUGUCGAGGAGUCUGGGAAUGGAGGGGGAGCAGGAAACGAGACGAUCCAAGUUCAGAAGGAUCUGUGUUUUCUGUGGCAGCAGCCAGGGGAAGAAGAGAAGCUACCAAGAUGCUGCUGUGGAGCUCGGCAAGGAACUGGUGUCAAGGAGCAUCGAUCUGGUGUAUGGUGGAGGAAGUGUAGGUUUGAUGGGUUUGGUUUCUCAGGCGGUUCAUGAUGGUGGCAGGCAUGUCAUUGGGGUUAUUCCCAGGAUUCUCAUGCCUCCUGAGAUAAGUGGUGAGACUGUAGGGGAGGUGAAGGCAGUAGCAGACAUGCACCAAAGGAAGGCAGAGAUGGCAAGGAACUCUGAUGCCUUUAUUGCCUUGCCUGGAGGAUAUGGAACCCUUGAGGAGCUGCUUGAAGUCAUAACAUGGGCUCAGUUAGGCAUCCAUGACAAGCCGGUUGGCUUGCUGAACGUAGAGGGAUACUACAACUCCCUGCUAUCUUUCAUUGACCAAGCCGUGGAAGAAGGUUUCAUCAGCCCGAGCGCUCGCCACAUAGUCGUAUCUGCUCCCACAGUGAAGGAACUGGUCAAGAUGCUGGAGGAGUACUUCCCCCGGCAUGAGAGAGUUGCAUCCAAGCUGAACUGGGAGAUGGAGCAGCUGGGAUACUCUCCCAAGAGAGAGAUUUCUAGGUAGAGACUGGAAGGAGGAGAACAAGAAGAACACAAGUGGAACCUCGUUUUGGCUUUCAGGGUUGCAGAUCCGGAGGCAGCAGAAACACUCCUACCUUGAGGAAAUGCUCAGGAUUGUUGUUCAUGUAAAUUAUCACAGUGUUCAGAUGUGUAAUGCUACCAACAUAUCUUCUUCUCCAAAUGCAUAGUACUAAUCAUAACAAGGCUUUGACUGGCUUUGGCAACCAUGUAUUGUGUAUGUCCAGCUAUGAAACCUUAAGGAAAUUGCUACUCAUGCAUAGUGUGUGAAGGAAAAGUAAAGGAAAUCUUAAGAUCACUUGCUAAUAGUGCAGGAUAACAAGAGAAAGCACUUGAGAGUGUGAUGAUGAGCUGCAACACAUGAAGAAGAGACCUGUCCAUCUCAACCACAUCAACACAUCUGAAGCUUGCGGAAUGAAGUCCCAACUCAAAGUACUUACUCUUCGUUCAGGUUUCAUCUGUGUCUCACUUAGACAAUGACACGGCUACUUGGAUGCACGCUGGUGCCAGCUAUCGACCCACCAAACA